AUGAUGGCUGUGUUGUCGCUGGCGGCUGCUGCUCUACCGCCCAUUGAAGUCCGAGGAAAUGCCUUUUAUCCCCAGGGCUCAGACGAGCGCUUUUACAUUCGAGGCAUUGACUAUCAGCCCGGUGGCGCCUCCAAUGCUACUGACCCGUUGGCAGAUGAGUCCAACUGCAAGCGUGAUGUGCCUUAUUUCAAGGAUCUGGGCGUAAAUGCCAUCCGUGUUUACACCAUUGACAACUCCGCCAACCAUGAUUCGUGCAUGCAGAUGCUCGACGAUGCUGGAAUCUACUUGAUUCUGGAUGUAAAUACUCCCAAAAACUCUUUGAACCGAGCUGAUGAGAAUUCACUCAAGCUCUCGUACAACUCUGGCUACUUGCAGCACGUUUUCGCAACCAUUGAUGCGUUCAAGGGCUACAACAACACCCUAGGCUUUUUCGCCGCCAACGAGGUUAUUAACGCUGCUAAUAACACUCUUGCUGCCCCUUAUAUCAAGGCCGUCGUUCGCGAUAUGAAGCACUACAUUUCCAAGCAGGCUGAUCGCACAAUCCCUGUUGGGUACUCCGCUGCUGAUGUUGCCGACAAUCGUUGGCAGCAAAUGGCAUACCUCAACUGCGGUGACGAUCCCGAGGCUCGUAUUGAUAUGUUUGGCAUGAAUGAUUAUUCGUGGUGUGGUGACAAGUCUUCUUUCGAGAUUUCUGGUUAUGCUCAGAACGUCGAAAAUUACUCCAACUACUCAAUUCCGCUGUUCUUGUCCGAAUAUGGCUGUAACAUCAACUCCCCUCGUACCUUCCCCGAGGUUGGUGCCAUUUACUCGGACAAGAUGAGUGCGGUCUACUCUGGUGGGCUGGUCUACGAGUACUCUGAAGAGCCUAAUCAUUAUGGAUUGGUCCAGAUAGAUGGGGAUAGCGUGACCAAGCUGAUGGACUACAAUAAUUUCAAGAACGCCCUUGCCAAUGCCCAGGAUCCUUCUGGUGAUGGUGGAGCCAAAACUGAUGGCCAGCCCGCUGAAUGCCCCAGCUACACGGCCGACUUCUGGGAGGUCCCUGAUAAUUAUGGCAUUCCCUCUACCCCUAAGUACGCUGCCAACAACUACUUUAAGAAUGGUGCUGGUAAGCCUCUUGGAUUCAGUGGUAACCCCACUCAAUGGGGUAGCAGUCUGGAUGACCCCAAUGCCAAGAGCUCUUCAUUGUCCAGCUCACAAACCACCUCUGCAGCCAACUCCAAGGGUGGUGCAUCAAGCUCUCAGAGUGGUGCAUCCAGCUCCAAGGGCGCAGCUAGUUCCUCUGGCAGCGCUACCAGCUCCAAAAAGAAGAAUGGGGCGUCCGCCAUAGAAGUCUCUUACGGUGCUCUUGCUGCAUUCAUUAUGUAUCUUUUUUAG